GUGAGUUAUGGGUUGUUCUCAAAUUGUUCUACAGCUUAAUGUACUGGUGUGAAGUGGGUUCAAUGCACAAGAUUGAAGUCGCAAACAUGGAUGGAGAUGAUAGACAUGUACUGGUUAGAAGAGGACUGCAUUAUCCAAACGGCCUUACACUAGAUGACAUAAACAAUAGGCUUUACUGGGUGGAUUCAUUGUUGAAUACCUUAGAAUACUACGACUUGGCACGUCAUACAAUAACAACUUUGUUAGACCGAAAUUCUGUCUUGUCAUAUCCGUUCGGUUUGACGUCAACUGAUGAUCACUUAUACUGGACCGAUUGGAACAGGGACGCAGUUUAUCAGGCUGACAAGGAAACAGCUUUAAAUACAACGGUUCUCGUCAGUGGUUUAAGCCAACCUAUGGAUAUACAUGCAUAUGACAGAAAUCAAACUCUUCCAGAUCAUCCUUGUGCCUUGUCCCAUGGUGGUUGUUCGCAUCUGUGCCUUCUACGACCACAAGGAUAUCGUUGCUCCUGUCCAGGUAACCUAUCUCUGUCCGAAGAUGGAAAGACUUGUGUUCAUUCAUCCGAUUUCCAGAAAUUCAUACUGUUCGCCCAUGGCUAUUACAGUCAAGCAGGAAUAUUUCUUCUCUCUUUGGAUAAUUUCAACUCGGAGGCCAUACCUGUACCAAUAGAGCUAGACAUAGAUCGGCCGGUUGCACUUGAUCUGGACAUUACAGAAAAUAGAAUUUACUGGACAGACACGUACCUGAACACAAUCUCGAGGGUGUUUAUCAAUGGAUCAUCUCCUGAGGUUAUCAUUUCCGACAAUGUUUAUGACUCAAACGGACUUGCUGUUGAUCCACUGGGCAGAAAUAUCUACUGGACCGACACUUCUGCAAACAAGAUUGAGGUCAGUAGAAUGGAUGGAACAAUGAGGAAGACACUGAUACACCAGGACCUGGAUUACCCAUCGGAUAUAAUACUUGAUCUCAGGAAAGGGUUGAUGUACUGGUGUAACCGGGGCGUCGACCACAAGAUUGAAGUCGCUAACAUGGAUGGAGAUGAUAGAAGGGUUCUGGUCAGAAGAGGCUUGUACUAUCCAAACGGCCUUACGCUAGAUGAUAAAAACAAGAGGCUUUACUGGGUUGACUCAUCUUUCGAUAGCUUGGAAUACUACGACUUACAACAUCAUACAAUAACAACUUUGUUAGACCGUGAUUCUAUCUUGUCAUAUCCAUUUGGUUUGACCUCCCUUGAUGAUUAUUUAUACUGGACAGAUUGGUAUAGAUAUGCAGUUUAUCAGGCGGACAAGAGCACAGCUUCAAAUUCAAAGAUUCUUGUCAGCGGUUUGAGUCAGCCCAUGGAUAUACACGCAUAUGACAGAAAUAAAACUCUCCCAGAUCAUCCUUGUUCCUCUUUUAACGGGAGCUGCUCGCAUCUUUGUCUUCUAAGACCAGAUGGAUAUCGCUGCUCCUGCCCAGAUAACCUACAGUCUGGUGAAGUUUGCAUAUCUUCAGCUGUAACUUUACCCUCAUCGUCGACUCCAGUAAAGACAGGGUCUAACUCCAACCACCGUUCUCAGAGUGUGGAUGUUAUCUCGAGCUCCUCUGCACUGAACAGGGCACUUCCAUCUGUUAGUACCUCGUCCUCACACAUGGAAACUCCUUUAUUUUCAACGCUUCCAUGUACUAUUUUCAAGACCUUGAUCAUUUCUUCUACGGCACCAAGUUUAGCCUGCGAUUGUCCAAAGUGCUCUACACCUCCCAAGACCGAACAGCAAACCACUACUAUUUCAUCAACACUGCCAUCUUCUUCCAUCAAGACCUCUGCCUUGUCUUCAUCAAAAUCGAGUUCAAUUCACCAAACACCGACCCAGAGUGAGCAACAAACCACAGCUCCAUCAACAUGUGAGCCUCCAACAUCCACCGGUACUACUUGUCUUCCCGGUACUUGCAAAAACGGAGGGACUUGUGUUUUACCUGGAAAUUACUGCAAAUGUGAAAAGAUUUUCACUUGGGAUGACUGCAGUGUUUAUAUUGGAUCGAGCACUGUGGAAAUUAAGUUGGAGGUCUCUGAGGAGGGUCAGUGGAAUUCGUUGGACUUCAAAAUUGCAAUAGCAACAGCCUGUUCAGAAUUCUUUUGCAAAGAUGGUGACUGCUCAAGCAAGUCCAAAUCAGGAAGAGUAAAGCGUUCAGCGGGAGCAAAAUACUUUCAGCCUUCUGAUGUUGUAAUACCUGGAGUUUCUUCUAGCGGUGAGAAUACUUGGAUAGUUGAAUUUGCCGUAUUGUUUCCAGCUGUGAACGGGCAAGCUCCUCAGCCAACGCCUCCCGAGGAAACUGUCCAAAUGAUGCGUGAGAGUCAAAGAACUAUCGAGAAAGCUGUUGGGGGUAAAAUCAAUCGGAUAACAACUGGGCAGAUCGUAAUACCAACCUCAGAACUGGAUAAGCAGAAUGAAGGCGCUAAAUUAACCCACGGUAAAGAACAAACUACAAUUUGGAUUGCUGCUGGAGUUGGAGGGCUUGUUGUCCUGGUGAUAAUAAUGGUGGCGUUUGGUAUCUACCGAAUAAGGCGUUGCAGUAAGAGAGAUCCCCGUAAAAGACAAACAGACAGCCUGGCCAAUGACAAUGGAAACGCUACAUUUGAUAACCCAGCCUUUAAUGAAGAUAGCAUAUAUGAUUCCGUCUCAAAAGCUAGAGGUAGUUCAGUGGCGGCCAGCUUGGCACAAGUGAGAGGGCCUGGUUUACAAAAAUGUCACCCCCAAACUGACAGGGGAAACGAGAUGACGAGCAAGGCACUCUGCGAUUACAACAACGGAACAUAUCAAGCACUCGAUGAAGCAGCCGUAUGUAGCCCAGCAUACAGAGUCCCUCAUCCUGGAGGUCGCGGAAUCGAGAAUUCGGAGAAAGGUUGCGCCUCUCUUCAGCAGAAAAACGGACAACAAAACAAAGAAUAUCCUGGACGAGGUCGCAGAAUGGAGAACCCUGCAAAGCAAUAUGCUUCUCUUCAGCAGAAAAUAGGACACCCCCGGCGAGAUGGACAUGAUGCCAUGAAACCUGGUCAUUUCCAAACCGAGACACGACAGCACUCUCCUGACGCAGCAACGGAUGAUGAAAUUUAUGAGAGCUUGGAGUUUCAGGACGAGUCAGGGGCUUAAUCUAUAAAACACUCUCUUUUCAAGUGGUAAGAGUUCCCUUAAUUGAGUUUAAGUCUUAGAAAACUCUCUUUCAAAAACGGCACCAUGUAACCAAGAAAUGAUCAAUUUGGGAGAAAAAGAAAAGAGAAAAAAAUUUUGACCAUAAUAAUCGUACCUCUGACUUUUUGCGUUUACCUAUAACACUGGUUUAAUUAAGUAAAACAACCGCUAGUGCAGUUUCGAUUGAUUAUCUUACAGUAAGAGUUUUGGGUCUCUUUCUGCAUUAACUGAGCUGUGUAAGAAGUAAAAUGAAACCUGCAAACUUGCUCUACCUGAAAACGUUUUUCAACAAUUCAUGAACACAAGGUAACUGAUUGUAAUGGCUUUACUCGUUUGCGUCGGUUGCAUUUUACUGACUGUAGUUCAAAUUGGCUCCCUGCGUGACCGAUAUUUUCUUGUAAUUGGCCAAAUAUACCAUCUCUGGCUUUGCCUUUAUAUAGUAAUUCCGAGCACAACUUUCCAGAUCAUAUUUUCCGAUUUUUCUCGACGAUGGACAGCAGCUUUUCGAUGGCAUGUUUACAGAACGUUUUAAACACAGUUAGGGUAGAUAACGAUAUGCACCCGACAAAUUAUCCUGUAGAUAAUUGACCUGGCGCCUGUUUCUCGAAAGCCCCGGAAACUUUUCAGGCCCGCAAAGCCAUCUUUAGUUAAUCUGUAUCUGAAAACAGAAAGGUGUAUACGCCUGAAACUUCUUGCAUGAAGGGAACUUCUGGUCAUAUUAAGAAUAUAUGUGAAUAGAACAUUUCUGCAAUCACAAGGUUUGAAAUUUUGCCACGGCUUUCCGGGUGCGAAAACUUUUCGCAGGCGAACCGA